AUGUCUCUCUCCCGCUCUCCCUCCCCCCAACGCGGCGGCGGCUGGUCGACCCCGGGCCUCAUGACCCCACGCACAGGGCCCAGCCGCCGCCCCUCUCCUCGUCCCGGCAGCAGCGGCUACAUGAACGGCAGCGCGAACGACGUGUCGUGGGCGACGGCGGCGGCGCGUAGCGCGGAGGUGCGCGGGUAUCCGUCGUUCUCGACCCGGAACCAAGGUUUCUUCGCGCGACAUUUCCGACGGAUAUCGCAGAGAUUGCCGGAGUUUGCGCCGGGGCAGUUUGCGGAGAAGGAGAAGUUGGGGAGGGGGAGGUGGGCAACGAGGCGAGGGAUGCGAUGGGGUGAUGUGGUGACGUUAGGGGGGAGGGUGUUGCGGAAGAUGAAGAUGAGGGGGUUGGUGGUGGUGGUGUUGUUGGCUUUGGCGUUCUUAUUUUAUGUAACACCGCUGCAUCGAGUGUACAGACGAGCGCCGAUGUUGGGCGGCGGAAGCAAUUUCGUCAUCAUGUUGGCGGCGAACGAGGGCGGCGGAGUCAUGGAGUGGAAAGGGCCGAGGGAAUGGGCGAUCGAGCGAGACAGCAUCAAGAACAAGAAACGCUACGCGAAGAAAUGGGGAUACGAGCUGGAAAUCGUCGACAUGACCACGAAGAAACGCUAUGCCCACGAAUGGCGAGAAAGCUGGGAGAAAGUCGACACGAUCCGCAACACCAUGCGCAAGUACCCGCAAGCGGAGUGGUUCUGGUGGCUUGACCUCAACACCUUCAUCAUGGAACCCAGCUACUCCCUCCAAUCCCACAUCUUCUCCGACCUCACCCAAAACACCUACCGCGACAUUAACUACUACAACCCCCUCAACAUCACCCACCCCCUCACCGCCACCUACCUCGAUCCCGCCACCCGCUCUCCCACCGGCGACAACCUCCCUUCCUCCAUCCACCUCAUCGUCCCGCAAGACUGCUCCGGCUUCAACCUCGGCUCCUUCCUCGUCCGCCGCUCCGUCUGGACCGACCGCCUCCUUGACAUCUGGUGGGACCCCGUCGGCUACGAGCAGAAGCACAUGGACUGGGAACAUAAAGAGCAGGACGCCCUCGAGCACCUCUACCGCCACCAGCCCUGGGUCCGCCCCCACGUCGCCUUCAUCCCCCAGCGCAAACUUAACUCCUUCCCCCCCGGCGCCUGCGGCGAGGGCGACGAUCCCCACAUCCACUAUCAGGAGUCCGCGCGCGACUUCGUCGUCAACAUGGCCGGCUGCGAGUGGGGCCGCGAUUGCUGGGGCGAGAUGUACAAUUAUCGGACGCUGAGCAAUAAGUUGAAUCGGAGUCGCUGGGAGCGGUUGAAGGAUUGGGUAGCGGAUUCGCUGCGAAAUCAGGGGGAGGCGUCGGAGGAGACGGGGGAGAACGCGGAUGGGGAGGGUGAACAGUAG